CGUUAAAUGUCAUGAUGUCCCUCGUAAAAGACUUUUUUUUCUUUUUUUUUUAAGGAGUUUUAAAAAGUUUCCUUCCGGCUCUCCCGGUUUUCCUUCAACCUGCCAAAACUACACCGACGCACCACAGGAAUUACAAGCAGUUCAUUCAUCAGCUGCUAAGGAGCCCCCGGGCGAGUAGGAGGGUCUGUCGGUCUGCCGCACCACUUUACGCACCGAGGCUGGGGCAGUAGGGGAGGUUAUCACCGCGGGUGUGGAUUACGGAGAAGCACCCAGGUGACUGGACCGAUGAGAUGAUACUACAACGCAACAGGAGCCCUCUUCUGCUCACCGUCACCUGCAUGUACUUCUCAGGAGGUCUGCUGUGGUCCUACCAGGAGGAGGAUGCCAGUGACGGUGACGAGUGCUCUGAAAGUAACAUUUCCACCACAAAGUACCCCUGCGUGAAGUCCACCGGGGAAGUCGCGACGUGUUACAGAAAGAAAUGUUGCAAGGGCUUCAAGUUUGUGUUGGGCCAGUGCAUUCCUGAAGAUUAUGACGUGUGUGCUGGCGCCCCCUGUGAGCAACAGUGUACUGACCAUUUCGGUCGAGUUGUGUGCACCUGUUACCCCGGCUACCGCUAUGACCGGGAGCGCCACAGAAAGCGAGAGCAGCCCUACUGUCUGGACAUUGACGAAUGUACGGACAAAAACCUGACGGCGUGCUCUCAGAUCUGCGUCAAUUCUGAGGGGAGCUACAGGUGCGAGUGUGAGAAAGGCUAUUUCCUGGAAGAAGAUGGGAAAACAUGCACCAAGGGAGAGAGAGCAGUGCACCUCUUUGAGAAGUCUGACAAUGUGAUGAAUGCUGGAACUUGCUCAGCCACAUGUGACGAUUUCCACCAGAUCAAGAUGUCUGUCCUGCAGCUUAAACAGAAGAUGGCCAUGCUCUCAAACAGCGCUGAAAUCCCUGAGCAGAUAACCAGCGAGAAAAUCUUGACGUCCCCCAUACAUUUACCAGGGCCUCCAGGUCUCCCUGGCCCUCCAGGAGAUCCAGGACCAGAGGGCCCUCCAGGACUUAAAGGACUGUUGGGGCCCCCUGGCCCUCCUGGUCCCAGGGGCUUGAUGGGGCCCGUUGGACCGACACCAGACCUGUACCACAUCAAACGUGGCCCUCGAGGACCAGUGGGGCCUCCAGGAGCACCAGGAAAGGAUGGCCUAAAGGGGGAUAGAGGAGCUCCUGGGCCCGUCGGACCACCAGGCCCUCCGGGCUCCUUUGAUUUCCUGCUCCUUCUGAUGGCUGACAUCCGUAACGACAUCGCUGAACUGCAGAGCAAAGUGUAUGGUCGACUGACGCACUCUCCGGAGGAGGACCUCGCCACAGUCCCCGACAGCUGGAGGGACUACCAGGAAAGUCUGGAUACAGGCUCAGGUGAGGACUACAAGGAGCCUCCGCAAAGAACAGGUGGAGGGACCAAGAGGACCAGGAAGAGGAAACCAGUGCGAGACAGAACAGACUUUGACUGGAAUAUUUAAAGAGGGUGGAUUUGAAUACUUUAUGUCAGGUGUAAAUGUUGAAGCGGUUUGCAUUUUUUAUUUAACUGUUUUGGAACAGAAUGUACUGUAUGUCUCUUGAUCACAGAUGUUUAUUUUUAUAUGAUAUACAAGAUUAUGUGUGACUGUUUUUUAACAAAAUGAGUAGACUGUGCGAAUGCAUUUUUUUUUUUUUUUAUCCUAUAUUUCCAGAAACGUAUGGUUCCUUCGCAGCACAUUACUCAAGUCUCUCAUGAAAGCAGUUCUUUCAUCAAUAAUUUAUGACACCUUAUUAUGUAGUGUCACACAGAUUGUAUAAGGAAGUGAACCACCCAAUACCUGAAUGAUGAAUCAACUGACGCAUUCAUACAUCAGUCAAUUCACAAGACGGAUUAAAGCAGCACAAAUGUUGGACUGGAGCAUGAGACCUAAACUGGGGCUCCGCUGCUUUCGUUCCUCCGUUUCCGUAAGACACCGACCCAUAGCGUUCAGUUGCCAUGGCAGCAAAGUGAUAAUGUUUAGAAAGAAGAGCCACCUUUUUUUCUAAAGCUUGAACUAAUGAUCAUUUUUAUUAUCGAUUAAUAUGACCACCAUUUUUUCCAUUUAGUCAAUUUGGUCAAAUUUAAUAGACCAAACGAUUAGUUUGGUCCAUUAAAUGUCAAAAAAUAUUUUAAAAAGACAGAACACCUAAAGAUAUAUGACAAAAAGAAGCAACAUAUGAGAAGCAUUUUUUUUCACUAUUUUUGCAAGAAAAAUGAUUGAAAUGAGGAAUUAUUUUUCUGUCAAUCAUCUAAUUGACAACUAUUCAUUCCAGCUCUAGUAGUUUGAGGGGCAUGGUGCUUAACAACACUGUUCCAUCUUGUAAAUCUUUUCUAGACCUCAGAUUAUUUCUUGGAAAAAAUAAGGCAUGUUUAAGGCAUGCAUAUUUUACAAUACUUUAUGACGUAUGGAACACACAAGCCAACAGAGGAUAACAACCUGACUUUAUGCAUUUAACUUUAUAAGCCUGACAACAUUAUUCAUUUUUUGCGGAUAUGGAAAGGACUGAAAAAGAUAUAGAAAGUAAAGAACAGUAAAGUUAUUGCCAGUUCGGGCUGGUUAUGUCUUUAUAUUUAUUUAAGUCCCGUAAAGCCAGUUAGUGUUUAACUGCGUUCCUGCAGGAAAUUAUCAUUUAAGAACUAUUCAUAGUUGGCCAGAGUUGUGUUGCUUCCCACUAAUUGUGAAAUCUAACGUAUAUCUUUACUAAGACAGAUAUAUUUAAACUAAUUUUAAAGUCAGGCAACCAAAACUCUCCUUUACCGCAUUCAGACAACUGUUGGAUGGCUUUGUGAAUGAUUCUGUGUUUGGCUGAAUUCCUAACACGGUUGGAUGCUGUUCUCCACCAGAGGGAGACCUUCCCUUCAAAGUACUGACAUUUACAAAAUUCUGGGUAACUUCAUGUUAUCAGGAUUUCACCUGCACCAUAACAUUGGUCAGUAAAUGAAUCCCUAACAUGUUUAAAUAUGCUUAAUCAGUCUGCUAUGACAGUGAUAGAUUUCCAGACUCUAUUGACUUCUCAGCAGAAAAACAGCAACAGAACUCUUGCAAACGAUGGAAGUACGACGUCAGAUUUAAAGACUGGAAUAAUAGUGGCUUCUGUAACAGAAAACAAUGUUGGAAACUUGAAAUUAAAAUAUAUAUGUGGUGCAGUUUUUCAAGGCUUCAGACUCUGAACACAUAUAUAAAUUCAUCUUAUGGUCAGUCCGGGGAUGUACUUACAUGAGCAAAAUGUUAGACAAUCACUGUAAAGAAAAACUUGAUAUUUAAUCCGUGUUCCUAUAUGCAGGAAAAAAAAUAUGUUUGUGGUGUUUUUAUUAAAGAAGAUUA